GGGAAAGCGCUGUCCAAUGGUAGAACGCGUUGUUUCCACGUCCCGAGCUAAAGGGGUGGGGGAAAGGCUGGGGCGCCUGGCUGCGAGCAGGCAGGAGACUGUUAAGUGAAUAUUUCAGCAUCCCUCAGAGGCUCAAACUUGCCAUGUAAGACCAUGCCUUUGCUCAGCUAUUUGGAUUUCGCUGUUCAGCAAAGAUCAGUGUAUAGAGCUGCAGAGGAAGAUAGAAGCCCUGGAAUGCAUCUGACCAUUAAUACAGCGUUUUAUACAGGGUUGUGGGAUUGUUAGGAGUUGUUUCCCAAAGACUAGAACCAGCUGAACGACGUAACACUGUACCAUGCUUCGCAAUGUCCUAGGAAAAACCUUUCGAUUUCUGGGGUAUACUGUGCAAUAUGGCUGCAUAGCGCAUUGUGCCUUUGAGUACCUUGGAGGAAUUGUUGUGUGUUCUGGACCUUCAAUGGAACCAACCAUUCACAAUUCUGAUAUUGUGUUUUCGGAGAACCUUAGCCGCCACUUUUAUUGCAUUCGAAAAGGAGAUAUUGUAAUUGUGAAAAGCCCAAAUGACCCCAAAUCAAAUAUCUGUAAAAGAGUAAUUGGCUUGGAAGGGGAUAAAGUCUGCACAAGCAACCCUUCAGAUUUCCUUAAGAGUCACAGCUAUGUGCCUAAAGGACAUGUUUGGUUAGAAGGUGAUAAUCUCAGGAAUUCUACAGAUUCCAGGUGCUACGGACCUGUUCCUUAUGGACUGAUAAGAGGACGCAUUUGUUUUAAGAUAUGGCCUCUGAAUGACUUUGGAUUUCUACGUGCAAGCCCCAAUGGCCAUAGAUUUCUUGAUGAUUGAACGAUUUAGGUGACUAUUGCCAGCUUUCAUAACAUUUUCUACUAAAACCAAUGGAACUAUUUUUAUUUAGAAUAAACAGAAGUAUUACUUGACAAA